AUGUUUGCAACAAAACUCAAUAAUUUGACAAAAUUUCACCGUUUUAUAAAGAAAAAACAAAUCACCGUUCCUUCUCAUACUACCUUACUACCACUUCAAAGACAUAAAAGUGAUUUAUAUGAACCGGAUUAUUUAAUUAGUAUGCAGCCAGAUGAGCCUGUAUAUGAUUGUUUAAACUUACAACUAAAAGGUUAUGAUUUUGCAUUGCUAGAAUCUUGUCAAAAAGAAAUCCACAGAUAUGCUGAGAUAAUGGGAGUAGAAGUGGAAGAGUGCUGGGCAACACCAGCACAGCAGUUGAAAGUGCAAAAGUUUAAGCCAGGAAGCUCAGCUGUAGAAACUGAGUACCACCUUAAUGUUUAUGAAAGAAAUGUACAGGUUGUAGAUGUACCUGCGUGGGCUUUGGGAACAUUGUUACGGGUCUGUCGAUCUUUGCUUCCGGAAGGAUGCACACUCAAUGUCCAUGAACAUACAAUCGAACACGAGGAGAUCCGCUAUGUUCCUGACAAUGAACUAAUCGAGCUCAAACAGCAGUUGGAGGACAUGGGUGGUAGUAGGAGUGAGAAGAAAAAGAAAAAG